UCGGAAUAGAAGCUAAAGACAUAUAAUUAAAGAAAAAAACAUGUAUAUGAAUGUUUCUUCUCAGCCGUCGUGAGGGUUGAGACCACCAGCCUGACGGGCCAUGGAUCACACUGCAGGAUGUCUUCAGUGUUUAGUGAUUCUCCUCACCACUGUACUGCUGGGAGAAGGUUUUUCCCCCAUUGCAGUAAACACCUGGAAUUUUACUAAUGCAACUGAGAAGGCUUGGAGUGUUCUCAGUGAAGGUGGUUCAGCAUUAGAUGCCGUUGAGAAAGGCUGCACCAUAUGUGAAGAAUUACAGUGUGACGGCACAGUAGGGUUUGGCGGCAGCCCUGAUGAGAAUGGAGAAACCACUUUAGAUGCUAUGAUAAUGGAUGGGACAACACAUGAUGUGGGAGCAGUUGGUGCCUUAAGGAGAGUGAAGGAUGCCAUCUCGGUGGCACGGAAAGUAAUGGAGCACACCUCUCACACCUUACUGGUUGGUGACCAAGCUACAGAGUUUGCUCUCAUGAUGGGCUUUAAGGAAUACAACCUAACAACCGAUUCUUCAGCCAAAAAGUUUGAAAGUUGGAAGAAUUCGUCGUGCCAACCAAAUUACUGGAGAAAUGUGUUGCCUGAUCCAAAGACUUCGUGUGGACCAUAUCUUCCAGUAGAAACAAAGAUGAAACAUUACAAGUGGUUUACCGCAAAAGAAGGAAAAAAUUUCAAUGUUAAAAAUCAUGAUACAAUUGGGAUGAUAACCAUAGAUAAGAGUGGUCAUAUUGCUGGUGGAACAUCAACAAAUGGUGCUAUACACAAGGUGCCUGGCAGAGUGGGAGACUCACCAAUACCAGGCAGUGGUGUAUAUGUUGAUAAGCAUAUAGGAGGGGCCGCAGCUACUGGUGAUGGAGAUGUAAUGAUGCGUUUUAUGCCAGCUUUAUUGGCUGUGGAGUUAAUGCGUAAUGGACUUGCACCCGACAAGGCGGCGGAGACAGCUCUCCGGCAAAUUGCCUCUUACUACUCAAACUUUAUGGGUGCUGUUGUAGCUGUGACUAUAAGUGGAGAAUAUGGAGCUGCUUGUCAUGGCUUUGAUAAGUUUCCUUAUUCUGUUGUUAACUCGGAGUUGAAGACUGUGACUGUGAUGAAUGUUCCUUGUUUUGCAUAAUUAUCUCAUUCACAAUGUUUUAGUAACUCCGCAAUUAUGACCGUCUUCAUAUUCAGACAACUUGGUUUAUACAGUCUCCUCUAUUGUUCAAGUUAUAGCUUGUUAUACUGUUAUUCAUAUCUUUGAAUAUAAAGGACAUUAUC